AUGGAAGUUAACGGCUGGCCUAGUCCAACAUCUACACGGAUAAUUCUCGCGGAGAUAUAUCAUUGGAAGGAUAUCAUGAACGUAAUUACGGUUCGGGUUAGCACGACACAAUUAGCCCUCAUGGUCACUUUGUGGGUUCUCCAAUGGAUGGAAAUAUGUGUUGGCGAUUCUAAUUCGGUUAUACUCGCACAACUGCCCUCCCGCAAAAAUUUGACCACUCAUGAAAUCAGGGGUUAUUAUGAAUAA